UUCAGUAGUACCGUUCCACGUACCUUUGACACAUUUUUCCGGAACUCUUAUAACAGGCUUUAUAAAUUAAAAUCCAAACAUAAUACCUAGUAUACAAAUGAGCAGCGUUGGCGAGGAUUGCAACGAGCUGAAGCAGCAGUACGACGCCUGUUUCAACAGCUGGUUUUCGGAGCGGUUCCUAAAAGGUCAAACGGAUGACUCAGCGUGUGCUCCGAUUUUCCGUAUUUAUCAGGAAUGCGUCAAGCGCGCUAUCAAGGAAAAGAAGAUCGAUUUGCGGGAGAUAGACCCGAUCUUCGAAACUGGUCUUGAAGAGGAUAACGCCAAUAGGUCUGGUGGAAAACAACAGGCUGGCAAGAGCUGACCCCUACUUUGGCUGUUAAUGAAAUCAUUACGGAACAUGGACAACUGAUUUCGUUCUUACCAGAGUGCCUUUAUUAAAAUAAAUUGAAUGUUCUUAAAGAAUUGAAGAUUCAAAUUUCGAUUGCAUGUUAAGUUUC